GCCAGCGGUCACGUGACAGCGUUCAACCCGGAAACGUCAACCUCCCGGCUGCGUCAGGUGGGAUAACGCGCUGAGGUGACGUGAAAACAAGUUGAAGUCGAACUUGAGAUGACGCGGAGACAAGUCACUGAGAAGUAACCAACGCGAAGUCGAGCCAACUUGUCGGGUUCGGGUCUGUGAGCCGGACGCGACGGGCACCAUGUUGUGCCACAGGGGCCUGGUCCGUGUUGUCCUGCUGGGGCUGCUCUGCUGCGGGGGUUUCACACGUGUGUUCGCCUGGAAGCAGGAGCAGGAGACUCCGGACUGGAGACUCACCCUGAAAACCAUCCGCAACGGGAUUCACAAGAUCGACACGUACCUGAACGCAGCACUGGACCUGUUCGGAGGGGACGACGGGCUGUGCCAUUACAGGUGUAGUGAUGAUUACAAGCCGGUGCCUCGUCCUGGGUACAAGCCGCCGCCACCCAAUGGAUGUGGCUCCCCGCUCUUUGGAUUCAAGUUUGACAUAGGCAUCCCGUCCAUGACCAAAUGCUGUAACCAGCACGACCGCUGCUACGACAUGUGCGGCCGAGAGAAGCACGACUGCGAUGAGCAGUUCCAGUACUGUCUGGAGACCAUCUGCAUGAAUGUGCAAAAAACUCUGGGUUUGGAUCAGAGUGUACAAGCUUGUGAGACGACGGUGAAUCUGCUGUUCGAUGCCGUGAUGCACAUGGGAUGUAAACCGUACCUGGACAGCCAGAGAGACUCCUGUGUGUGUCAGUAUGAACUGAAGAAGGAACUGUGACACUGCCACAGAAACAGGAUUGUUAAAGACUGGUUCAGAUGCACAACUCCGAGAGAGGGACCCCAGCAAAAUCCUUCUGGUUCACAAUCAAAGACUUUCUCAGGGAUAGAGUCUGGAUAGUGUUGCCCCGCCCCCUUCUCGUCUGAAUUUGAGAAACACACUUCUGUUAGACAAGUAAAUGUGAAAUUACACUACUUUAUCUUUGUUGACAAUUAAUGUAUUUCCUGUGCAGUUAAUUAUUUAUAUUUUCAAAACUGUGUGAUAUUUGUGGGUUUUCCUGGGUUUUGAAUGUGAAGGACAAAGGAACAAAGCUAAUUCAGUUUAACCUGGAGGAUUUUAGUUGGUGUAAGAAUACAGAGGAUAUUUUAUAAUAUAUAAGGUUUUCCAAGGUUUGAAUGUAGCAUUUGUUUCUGUGAAUGAGCAACUGAUUUUCAACUCAGCAUAACAAACUAAUUUAACAGUCUCACCAUAUCUUUAUAUUCCCCUAUAAUUAUCGUCACUUUACUUUGUUAUGUGCAGGAAACUUUCAAUAAAUUAUUAUGUAAAAAAAGCCCCAUACCCCAUGGGCUUAAUAGGAACAUGUGAUUGCAUCUAAAACAAUUUUGUAUUUGUUUUUGACUUUUAUAAAAUCAAAAAGUAUCACAUGAAGGGGAACGCACUGUGUGAUGACAUUGUGGCGAAGCACUGGAUUCAAAUGUCAUCAAAAUAAAUAAACGUAUCAUUGUGUACUACAGUCA